CUUAAUUUAAUUAAACACAAUCAAUAUCUAGGUGUAACCAUAAUGAAACCCCAUAAGAAUCAAACAUUAAUUUAUUUUGUAACUUUACAGUCGAUGGUACGCGAUAUUCGUAUAUAUCUAUACGUAUAUUAACUUUAAUGUUUAUGCAGAUGUACAAUAAUGCAGACAGGUAAGAUUUAUUUCAUUAUAAUAAACGUUUAUAAACACAAACUAUUUGAGUAUUUAUUAAUAAAAUUUAUUUGUAUAAUUUUAUCUAUAUUUUAUUUACUUUAUGGAUUUUUAAAUUAUUUGUUCGGUAUACACUUAAUAUAUAGGUAUAUAGGUAUAGUAUAUAUUAUAUGUAUACUUACAAAACAUCGUAUUAAAUAAUAAUACUAAUAAUAAUAAUAAUAAAAAAAAAAAAACAACUAUGUAUAAACCGGGUGUAUACAAACUAAUUAAUUUUACAAAAAAAAUUAUACAAUCAAAUAUGUUUGUUAGAAAAAGUGGAUAAUAUUUUUACAUUUCGUAACAAAUGGGAAACAACUACAGCGAUUGUAGUGGGAUGUGCAUGUGCAAUGUGCAUGCAAGAUGGUUAUAAUAGUUUGCAUUGUAAUUAUUUGUUUUAAAUUAAAAAAGAUCAACAAUUAUCACAUUAAAUACGAACAGUUUUCUGAUUAAAUGUUUGAUUAGAUAGGUAUGUUUUUUUUCAAUAAUUUUUUAAAAUCGUCUUCUUAAUCUUUUUAGGAACUCGAUAAACCAUUGCUUUUUUAGUGUAGAUACAAACGAAACGCAAAUACACACACCUAUCAUAAAAUAAUAACUUACUUCUUUCACCAUUUAGAACCCCAGAUGAUAUUAAUGGUACCCCCCCUAAUGUUGUAUACUGGUUAUUAUAUUGAAAUCCGAUUAUAUAAUUAUAUUUUUUGUACGAUUACAGCAAGGGUUGCUAAAUUUGGAGCUUACGUAUACGACGACGGCACAAAGUAUAUUGGAGACUGGAACGAUCGUGGUCAAAAACACGGUUUGGGUCACGUUCAAUUGAAAGACGACACCCGCUACGAAGGAGGAUUCAACAACGGACUCUGCACUGGUCUCGGAGUUCUGCAGUAUUCGGACGGUACAAGGUAGGUAUCAAGAUAUCUAGCAAUUACUUGUGGGCAUGUAAUCGUCAAUUUUACGAAUGUUGUCCAUAUCAGUUUAUCUGAGCUUUAGAAAUAUUAAAAUAAUAAUUUUAAAACUAAGCAAACCGAUAAACGACCAGAAUUUUAGAAUAUAACCGUUGAUAUUACUAUCAAUGAUUAUGUGAUUACAUAAAUUGCAUGAUAUUUGAAUAAAAAAUAAUCAAAUAACAUAAUUAUACGAUGGUAUAUACCUAUACAUAUGUUAUUUAUAGAUAAGAUAGCCAAAUUACGAAAACAAACUAUACAGUGUCAAAUGUUCUUAUCAAUUUGUGAAAAAAGGCACCUAUUGACUUAAAAUUGGUUUUUUUUUUUUAUACGAAACGAUCAAUUUCACCAAGUGUACAACACUCGUGUCAAUUUCAGUAACAAUAACAAUACAUUAUAUAGUGUAAUUAGAUACCUAUAUACUAUAUUAGCUGUAUAGUUAUUACCUAUACACAAUUAAGAUGUAAAUUAUCAGUAGAGUUGAAUAAUAUUGACUUUUUAUCUAAAUUUAAUGUACUUAGAUACGAAGGAGAAUUCAUGCAAGGAUGGUUUCACGGUCAUGGCAUGUUUUGGAGGGCCGAUGGCAUGAAAUACGAAGGACAAUUCAGAGGUGGUCGUAUUUGGGGAUUAGGUAGGUAAUAAUUAGGUAGGUACAUUAAUAAAAUAGGUGGUGGAACACAAAAAGUUAAUUUUUUUUUUAAGUCUACGUAGGUAGAUGCGUUCAUUAUUGUACGUUCGAAAAACUACCCAGUCAGAAUUAAAAUGUUGAUAUGUUGAUAUGUUUUAAUAUGUUUUUUCGUGAUCGUAAUAAUCUGAGGAAUUGGAAAAAUAUAACUGUUAUUUUUAUCUGCUAACGACUGCAGAAAUACCUGAAUACCUAUGGCAUUUCACUCGAUUUACAUUGUAUAUUUUAUUAAAGCCCGAUCUUGAAAUAAAUGUUUAGAUGUUUAAACACUCAAAAUGAUUUCAUCUUGCAACUUUAAAGAUAUGUAUAUGCUGAACACAGACGACAUAUAUAUAAAGAGCAGUCAUUUUUUAAAUUGCUCAAUGUUCUUUUUAAAAAAACGAAGCUAAAAGCUAAAAGAAAAAAAAAAUGGCAAGAAAUCAACUAAAUAAUAGUUCCCGCAUUAAUUUUAAACUUUUUUAAUAUAAUUUAAAUUAACACGAUUUUUUUGUUUACUGUACAUUUAUCUGUAAUACAACAAUUAUUACAAAUUACAAAUUAUUACAAAUAUUACACAUUAUUGAAUUUUUUAAAUAUUUUAGGUUUAAUAACUUUUAACGAUGGAACUCACGGUCUUCCGAGACACGAGGGAUUUUUCAAAGAUUGCAAAAUGAUACAGAAGAAAAAAUGUCCUGAAGUUAUAAACGACGCACGGCGGGCAGCAAUGAUGGCGAGAGUACAAGCCGAACAAACUUAAUAUUUUCAUAAUUAUUAUGUGCCCCUAAUAAUAUUCAAGAUAGCGAAGCUCUUUUAAGCUGUUUAGAGGACAACUAUAAUAAUUUUGUAUAGUAUUAUAGUUUUCUAAUAUUAGAUAAUAUGAUACCUAAUAAUAUCAUCAUAUUAUCAUAUUAUGAUCUCGUAUAGAGAUUUACAAUUUAUAAAUCAAUUUAUAGCAGUUUGAUUCGAAUGAUAACAUAAUAAUUUGUAAAACGGUUUGAAAUAUUAAUUGGGAAUUGGCUUUGAUCACACGUUUGCGUAUUGGUAUAGUAGGAAGUAUAGGUACACAGCAGAGGUGUAAUUCAAAUAAUAAUAUUGUUAAAAUAUCACUAACAGUAAUUUACUAUAGCUAAAUUUAUAUAAUCAAAUACAUAACAUUAUUAUUAUUUUUAAAUAAUAAUAAAUAUUUAUAGAUAUAAUUUGAUGACUUCAUUCGAGUUAAAUAAU